AUGGCCUCAGAUCCAGAUUUGAUGAAGAGGAUUAAUCCAGACACUGUGGAUGCCCUGCAGUUGCUGGCGCUAGGCAAGUCCAGAAUUGAUAGCAAAAUAGCCCGUGGACUGGUGCUAGGUGGCCAAGCAUUUGCUGAAUUCACAAAUUUUGAUGGGCUAGUUCUGUCUUUGUAUAAGUUCUUUGAAGAUUUUAAGUAUCUCAAAAGUUGUGCGCAUUGCGUGAACUCAAUUUUCGUUCUGUAUUUGGGUUCAGAGGUGGAAGAGAGACUUAUUCAAACUUCUGAAUCCACUUUCCAGCGUGAGGCUGCAACUGAUGCGGAGUGUCUUGAUAUGGGUGAUAAUAAGCUUUUAGUAAAGUCAUCUCAUGCCAUAGCUGAUAAGAGACUUAGGUUCCAGUCCCCAGAGAUUAAGGUAAUAAUUGAAGGUUCCCCAGAUCAUAAGAUUGCGCGGGCAGCUCUGCUACAGGCUAGGAAACCUAACCAUUUCUACCAAAUUGUUGAUUAUUUCGCUGCUGCGGUUCCUAACCAGCCUGAAAUCAUUCAUGAACUUCUCGUGGAUAGCACUGUGAAGCCUCAAGCCCACUGUGGCUUGCCAUGA